AUGCGAGACCUGCUGGACUCGCUGGUCCUGGGGCCCGUCAUCGUGCGCGGACACUACGACCACGAUGUCAAGAGGUUCGGCGAGCAAUAUGCCUGCGGCGACAGCCAGGCCCGCGAGCAGAUGAAAGAUGUCUUGAUCAAUCUGCAGAUGACCCUGAUCAUCAACCUGCGCAGUGUCAUCAUGGACGACCUCCACCUCGACUUCGACGCCCUGCAGUCUGCCUCGGACGACUGUCGUGUCAAUGCUGGCGUCUGUCUGGGUCAAUUGUCCCAGAGGCUGUCUUCCGCCAUCCACGCCCAGGCGUAUUAUCCUUCUUCCGCUUCCAACGUCUCAACCUUGAUGCCGCCCAUGUCGCCUUCCUUGGGCCAUUCCAGUAGCAGGAGCACUCAUUCUUCAAAUGCCCCCUAUCAUGGCCCGCGCACCCCUGAGCCCAUGUUGGAUGCCUUCCAAAAUAUGAGCAUUUCGCCUCCCGUGCGGACCGACAUGAUUGAGAGGAAGACGUCGACCCGCUCUGGCGGCUCCCAGGGUUCUUAUAAACGCUCGGGCUACGGUCUAUCACUGCCAUUGCCACCAACAACCACCGAGUACGCUGGCAGUCGCACUGCUGACCCACUCGCAGCUGGCCAAAAAUCAGACGAAAUAGAUCGCAUGAGCAUGCGACGGAGAUCGUCUCAAGCUCUCGCUCCCGACGACAACAUCUUGCUGAUGUUUCCCCAACCAGACGGCCAAUCGAUCAUAGCCGCACUGCCGAAUGGCGCCGACGCGUCCGGCCAAGAGCCCCCGCCAAAUACCGACAGCCUAACGAGUUCUCCAGACAUCUCUCGAUUCGGACCAGAUGACUAUCGUGAUGAGCAGCUCAUCAGACGCGACUGGAGACAAUACUCCCAUGGCACCAUCUACGACAUGUACCAGCCCCAAUUGCCGACUGCCGAAAGGCAUUCUUCCAUUGCAUAUUUGCACAGAACCCAGGUAGCGGCACUGCCACACAAUCACGGCCACGGCCACGGCACCUUCGAGCAUGUUCGAUAUCUGCAGGAAAACGCCCGUCCGCCCCGCCCGCAACCCCGAUUAGAUUCCUUGUAUAGAUUGCCAGCGAAAUCAUUCCAGCCUCAGGACCAACCAAGGCAACCAAGGCAACCACGAACGAACCCAGAAAUGGAUAUCGGGCAAUGGGAGACGCACCCAUCUCUCAGCCCCGCCAACCCCGUUGAGGCUCCGGCCCACAUUGAUAGAUAUGCACCAGGCCCACAUACACGCGGUCCACCUUCUCCCGUAGCGAACGGCCUCCCUCCCCAACUACCAAACUCCUACCAGCACCAAUCUAACGUCUCAAAACACCUCGCCCCCAUAAACCCCAGCCUCGAACAAGAAGCCACCGACAGCUCACGCGCCGAAUCCCUGCUCACUGUCCACUCCUCCGUCUCCGGCGGACCACCCAUCUCCACCCUCUCCACCGGCACCAUAACCCUCCCCACCGACAAAGACCUCCUCGGCUUCUGCAGAGGCGCCUUCCGGCUCCAAAUCGGACUCGAAUCCAAGGCCUUUAAAGUCGCCAAUCGGCCUGUCGGCUACUCCUCGAUGAUCCAGUUCUGGCGCUGCGAGAAAUGCUCCUUCGAAGGGCCCAUGCACAACUCCGCCGUGCUCUCGGAAGGGAAGAAAAAGCAAAACUGGAAACCCGUGAAGCUAUUCGACCCGAAGAUCCGCACAAGUGAGAGCGGGGCGAUCCGGUACAAAUGGGCGUUUUUGGCGAAAUGCCAUGUUGUCAUGAAGGGGAUGGUGCCCUAUGAGACUGCCCUAGGCCAGAGCGGUGCGUUUGGCACGUUCGGGUGUAUUUUCUGCGCGGCGGAGGGGAAGCAGCGCGGCUGGCUGGACAAGGUCUUGAGCAGUGGCGAUGGCGCGAGUCUAAAGGGGAGUGGUGCGAGCGUACGGAUUGGCGGCACGUCUGCCAAUACCUGGGCGAGGAAAUCCGGUGGGAAGAAAGGCUGUGCAGAGCCGAAUUCCACGCCGAUCUUUGGAAAUGUCGGCUCGUUCAUGGCGCAUCUCGAGGCUGUGCAUCGGCCGGAGGACGGAUGGCCGAAUGCGGAGAUGCAGGGCCGCAUGAAGCUCGUUCUGGGUCGAACGGCGCCAGCGGGUGAGGAUGGCUGGGACGUCAAUAUUGUGCCGUUUUGA